AUGUUCCCCCGGCGUGGUGACGCCCUUUGCACUUCGCGAAGGUGUGAGCUGCGCCACCUGGCUGCGUGGGCGGAGCGCGUGAUAACACGCAGGCAAAUCGAUGUGUCUGUUGAUGGAGUUGGUGUCCGAUACCCGCGCCUCCAAGAGCUCUCACCCUGUCUUGUUGCCGGCUCGCGCCAAUAUCAGCGUGUUGGCGAAGUCGAACUCAUGCCCUUCCUCGAGCGUGCGAGUGGCUACUUGAGGCAGUCGGUCGCCUCUCCGAACGGCCCGUUUGUGCUCAAGUAUUCGUGAGCUCAGACGUCGUCCUGUCUGGCCUAUGUGAGGGCGCUUUUUGACCGGGUAAAAACGCACUGUAGCGAGCCCGAAGGAAGGAUGCAAGAACUACGGCAUCUCCGGGACCAAGUUACAAAGAACGGCUACCCAAAUUGCUUUAUCAUUCGCAGCAUACGCGCACACCCAAGCCGGACAAACGGAAGAGAGACACCAACAAUUUGGCACUCUCUACCGUACAUAAAGAAUGCGUCCGAGGCUACAGAACGCAUCGCUACAGAUUGUCUGUUAAUUAAGCAUGCGGAUGAUGUGGAUGAUGACCACCCUCCCAGAAGUCAGACUCAUGUCCAGUCUCUGAAGAAUGGCCUCAACCAUGUCUCUGCGGGGUCACCUCAAAAUGGUUUCCUACUGAAUAAUCAAAAAUCCAUCCAGUGUAUUUUUCGACUGCGAUCAUCUCCUAGUUCAGAAUCCUAUGACUUCCUUCUCAACGUGGUAGUCUCUUUCAAGUGCCUUGAUGUUACUUUGUCAGUAAAUCUUUCAUUUCCCCAUCACUAAAAUUGAGGAAAAUGCUUUAUUGCAUUUUUCGUAUACGGCGUCGAUUACGCUCUCUUAGUCGACAGUCUCAUUCAACGAUAUUUCAAAACGGUUAAGUAAUUAUAGAUGACGUUGCCUAUCCCUUGCAUUUUGAACAAAUAACUGCAAAGUCCCCCCGCCUAAUGCGCCGUGGUUUUCCACUCAUUUCUUGCCGUUCGUGGUACGCUAUCUCACGUACAAAUUGAACGAAACACAGAAACUUGGACUUGAAUUGUCCCCCUAAUAUUUGUUCUUUUCCGACAGUCCGACCGUCGAAUCCGACGAUGUUCAUCGUAUGCUGACUAUUUGGAUAUGCAUUUUCAAAGCGAAUCGAGUUUCACCUCACCCUCGUCUUUGUGAUAUAUACAAGCGAAUACAGGCAAACAUGGAAUAAGAAGAAGUAGAAUAUGCAGAUGAGUAUGUAUGUGUUAAUAAGAGUCAGGUAAUCCAAGUGAAAGUAAUUGCCGGCGAUCCUUUCAGAAAACGUCGACGCCAGUCAACCUGGAAACCGAUCGAACCCAGCCUGAUUUGCCAACAGUGGUGAAGGAAAUAAUGCAAGUAAUAAAUUCUAUGAAGAAACACUACGGAAGUUAAAGUCUUGGAAACGGUUACCAUACUUGAUUGUCCCAACAUGUAGGCUAAUUCUUGUACAUCAAUUAAUUUCAACCAUUUUGCCUGUGACUUUUUUAUGAGGCAGGUUUGAGGGCAACUCACAAAUGCACACGAAUUGGCCGUGUUAGACUGUUCUGUAUAAAUGAUCGAGUCAGGGCGUGACUGACAAGCGAGCAAAAAAGACGCAAACACACAACUCAUUCAAAUGUAGUAGGUAGUAGGUAUAUAUAUAUAUAUAUAUAUAUAUAUAUAUAUAUAUAUUAUAUAUACCCACAUUUCAUAAUCAAGUUCUGAAAGUAAGUUUUCAAAAACCAGAAGGCAAUCCCUCUUUCAAUAAAAUAUUCAAUGAUGGAACAAGAAAAACACUUGACAUUUCAGUUAUGGUGAACGGUAACUAUGAAGUGUUUUCGAUUCGAAAAUAUAAUUCUGCACGGUUGUUUGAUUAAUCACCGUGUAUAAUGAUUCCAAGAUAAUUCAGUCAUGACAGAAUGCGGCCCUAAGACCAAUUUCUUUCCCACCGCCUGCAAAAACUGCAUUCUGCAAAAAUGACUACUUACGCAGUGUGAGUACCUCCUAUGGAUUUUCCAUGCCCUUAUGAACUCAGAUAAAUUUUGUAGAAAUCAUGCAUAUAAAGCAAUCGGUCUUUUACCCAUUUGGCAAAAAAUCGUGUCCUCUUUAAAAUCUACACUCCAAGGAAGGGUACAAUUUGACUUAUAAGAACCUAUUCGAUUCCGCCAUUAUUUGAAAUCUGACCCGCCGUUACAUUUCCAUUCAAAGCUCCAAACUACAAGCUGUAUAAUUUCCGUGUAAGCGAAAUCAUUCAAAUCUAUAAGCUAUUCAGAAAUAUAGUAAGGGAUUCGUAAAAUUCUGCAGUGAAUUAGAAUUAUAUAGAAUACUUCAGGAACAACCUUAACAAAUGCACAUAUAGGAUGUUUUAUUAAUGGAAAUUUCACGGUCUUAAAAAAUGUCAUAAUUAGCACCGUCUGUAAAACGAUGGUUAUUAUUUCCUCCGAAGUACACUUGAAUUAACCGGGCAUCGAAAAUUAACAAAGGAAUUUUACCAAUAGAGUCGUCAUUUUCGCAGAAUUUGUUUUUGCAGACGGCUUUAAAGGAGCUCGGUCAAAUCCCGCAGCCAGAUAUGACUGAAAUAUCCUGCACGGUAAUUAAUGUUAAAACCGCACUUAAGUUUGUCUUUCGCGUCAAGUACAUUUUUUUAAAAUUUCGUUUAACAUUUCAUAAGAUAGCAUAUUUAAAGUAGUUCUGAGAUUAGCAGGCAUGCAUGGCAGAUAAGCAUUCUCUCCUACCUAAAUCGACUCGCACAGAUUGCGAACAAUAUCAGGACGACCCGAGAUGGUCACGGUCGCGGUGGCGGACGAAGUUGAUCGGUCUGUCUACGCGUGCCACACACAACCUCCUCCUCACAAAAUUUGCUAGGUUCUCACGAGGGCUGCUGGGAUCUCGCAUUAUUGAAGCAACCAAAGAACCGACAAUUGGAAGGAGCCCCUGAACGUUAUUCAAGUUCCAAUGCCUAAGCGUGAUUGUAAUACGGAACCUGCUAAAUUUGCUAUGGCAUCUGACAUGUCCAAUAUGACUUGGGGUUGGUAAAUGCUGAGCCAAAAAUAACAUACAACCACACUUGCUGCGCGCGUAGCACACAAAGUGCGUAUCACAUAUCUGAGCAUCUCGGUACGCCCAAUGAAAAUGCCGCUUCGCUGUGGGAGUGUGACCCAUCCGUGCGUCCAUUACUAGGCCAGAAUUCGCAAGAUUCAUCGGCGUAAUGACCAAGAGAAUGCCGGGGGCUGUGUGUUCGUGAGCGAUUGGGGUACAAAGGAGCUGAUGCCGGAUCACAUACUGGUGCUGCGGUAUGCAACUUCAUUCAAAAUAGUUGAUGCCAAACCUGUAAACGGAAUUGCAGCGGUGGAAUCUAACCUCCGUCAAACGGAAUCGACAGAAGAGUGCAAAAACCUCCUCCGGCACAAAUCGUCUUCUCUCCUUAUUGUUUAUAUGCCCCGCGAGUUACUGUCCUAUGUGGAACGUGUUGUACUAAGGAAAUUCAAGGCAGGCAAAUACCUCAAUAUCGUGUCUCUGGUAAACUGGCUUUUCUUCGUCGUUUCGGAAGGGACAGACUACUUUCAAAAAGCCAAAAGUUCACUGGACAACUGCCAGUCAUGUGGUUCUAGCGCAACCAAACCCGUAAAAAGUUGACACGAUAAAUCAAUGCAGCGCUUUCGACAUUGAGAAACUUGAGUCAAAUAAUGCCUGUCGUGUGACUCAUGGCGAGAGCCCAGGAUAUGGAUCUGGGUCGUUAAUAUGGACUUCCCAAAGUACACAACGAGGUUGUUCCCCUAGGACCCAUCGUAUCACUCAAAGAUACUGCAGCAUACGGACUAGCAAAUGACUAUUUCGGUCUCUCAAAUCUCUAAUCGAAAAUUAAGACACUUUAAGAAGGAGACACGAUCGCUGGAACAAGAGCUUUAUUAGCCUGACGUUUUGGAUUCCUGUUCAUACACACCAUCAGAGAUGGUUGCCUCCGGUCUGUGUGCAACUCCAACUCCAAGUGGGGUGAGAAGGCUGCCGACAGCUUCCGAAACGUUCUUGACAUACGGAAGCGCUGGCCAUAAUUUGGUGUCCGUGCGGUUAGGCCUUUCGUCCAUUUUGUGUAUGCAUCGGUUGACGAGGUUGCGCGGGGUAGCCGGUGGCUUUGAAGACCCGUCGGAGGUAUUGUAGUUCGGCAAUCUUGUCAUCCGGCUAACUGCAGUGCGUUUUGACACGCCGAUAGAGCGUCCUUAGACAAAUACAUUUGUGAAUGAUUGGGUGGUUGCUGUUGAAGUUCAGCACUUGCAUCGUAUUUGUCGCCUUCUCGAACACUUUGGUCUUCUGUUCACCAUAAUCUUUGCGGCAUGUGAGGACAUCCAGGAAGGCCAGCUGGUUGUUCGCUUCCUCCUUCAUCGUAAAUUGAAUGUCCGAGAAGACCGCAUUUAGAUGUUCUUUGAAUGUCAGCAGUUGAUCUCGGUCGAUAAGGACGAAGUUUUCAUCCACAUACCGGGUCCAGAAAUUCGGUAUGUGGUUUUAGAAGACCAACGACUCUAACCGUUGCAGGACCGCCUCGACGAUGAAUCCCGAAAUCGGCGAACUCAUUAGUGUGCCCUUCACCCGUUCGUAGAUUGUUCCGUCGAACAUGAAGUACGUCCUGACACAGAACUUGAGGCGUUGAAGGACUUGGGCGUGUUCAAGGAAAAUCUCCAUUUAAUCGUAUUUGCUCUGUAGAAGCAGCUCGAUUUUUUCGAUCGCCAGGUCCCGGGGAAUAGAAGUAAAAAGGAACGUAACAUCAAAAGAUACCAUGACAUCAUUCGAAUGGAGCUUUACCCCUUUAAGUUUCUCUAGGAAUUAUGCUGACGGAGAGACCGUGGUUUCUUUCUCGGCGAUCAGUAUGUUGGAGCGCCGUAACAGCCACUUCGCCAGUCCGUACGUUGGAGUCCCUUUAAGGGACACGAUGGAUCGGAGAGGAGCGCCUUCUCUGUGCAACUUAGAGAGGCCCUAGAAUAUGACCAAAGCCGUAUCUUGGGUUCUCGCCAUGCGUCUGUCGUCGGUGUUAUUGCACCUGACUUUUCCAAGGCCAGCAACGUAGUAUUAAUUUCGCUUGUCAGCGCUUUCAGUAUCUUUCAGGGAAAAGUAGGUGUGUACCUUUUGCAGGCUUCGUCGGUCAUCCAAAAAGCUCUUCAAAAAUCCAAACGUUUUCUGGGCUUGGUAUGUGCAUGAUACGUUUUCCAUUGUCGAACUGAUAUUAGAUACUUACCUUCAAAAAACGUCCCAAUAUCAUCCUCCACGAUAAACGAUUCACGAUGGAGGGAAAGGAACUAACCAGCUAGCCUUUCUUGAUGUUCUCAUCUGCCGCAAAGAUUGUUAUGACCUAAAGACCAGACUUUUUCAGAAUAAAACAAACGGCACAUAGCAACUGACUGAUUAGUCAUAAGCGCAGUUACGUAAGCACGCUAUAUCAGCGGUGUGUUGGGACGCAUUGCGGUGAACCAGAAGACGAGGUUGCCGAAUCUCAAUGUCAUUGACGGGUGUAUAGAUUGAAUGGCUACCCGCGCAACUAAAUCAAUUAGUGACUGUGCAAACGAGAUGAGAGGCGAAAUUCAUCCGACUCAAAUAUUGGCGCGCAAUUUCGUACAACAAUAACGUCUCAGCGACCGUCAGCACCUUAUAGAACCACAUGCAUUUGAAGUUGCACACAGACCGAAGGUGGCAAUUAGGCGUCAGGUGAUGAGACCAAAAGGCCAAAACAUCUUGAGCUGUUUAUCGAAUCUGGUGUGGUUGCGGGUAAUGCAAAUACGUCGGAGACACUGAAGGACUGCUCCGAACGCGAAUUACCGAACAAGCGACUGCAGUGCGUAGAAAUGACGCCAGCUCGCAAGUCGCGGCCCAUUCGACGAUACUCAGUCCCGUACAUUCAAAUUCGAUUGCGGCUUACUUUCUUAACAGCUGCCAUUAGGCAGACAUCAACCAAGCAUCUCACGUCAUCUAUAAAUUGCCAGCGAAGGACUCCACGUUCCUGCGACAGCUAAUACUUGGGACGGCAGUGGUAGUGACCGUACGGUUAGUCAACCAAACGCUGUAUUUUCAAAAACCGAUUUUACAAGCGCUAAGGCUUGCCUGGUGAAAGUUAAACCCACAAUAGGUUGAUAAACAAUCGAGGCGUGCGUUUGCCGGCCUUGAAUGUCCGAAAGCUAGUAGGCCAAAACGCCGAAUAGUUUGAUAACUUGUCUGGAAUAGACGGGUUAGUCAGCAGGGCGAAACUCCUUUCUCAAAAAUGCAUUCGAAAAUCACAAUGAUCUUUUUGUGUAUGUCUGAUUCUUAUUAGACCUGCUUCUGAUCUCCUGCCAUUGAUAUUCAAAGCAGAAGUACUCUCUCUUUGCCUGCCAGUGAGUGAGACUAAAUAGGUUAAUCAUUUUCCUGCCACAGGUAACGGGCUUAAGCCUGUCACCGUGACGAAAAGCAAUGACCACAGUCUUCUCCAAAAAUCACGGAAGGCGAUUUGCGCGUGUGGAUUAGAUUGCAGUGAUAGCAUACUUACACACUCUUCCCCUUACCCACACCGCUCUGGUCACGAGACAGUUUCUGAAAGGCCGAAGUUGUGAUAGGGCGAAGAGGCUGACAAAGUUAAACAGUCUGCAGGCAUCAACUACACACACCUGGUCGGCUCACGAUGGACGAAGUUUGCACUAAAGGGAGGGAGGGGGCGGUGGACAAUGUGUAGGCGAACGGAGGUGGUCGCGGCUGCGGUGUCUGAUAAUGUUGAACGACCCGUCUGCGUGUGCCACACGCAAUCCCGUCCUCGACUGCUGGGAGUUCGCAUAUGUGAGACUAUCAAACGGACCACAUUUGGAAGGAGGCCCUGGGCGUCGUUUACGAUUUCUAGUGCACGCUUGCAGCCUCAGAGCGCGAGAAAUAUGUAGAAAUGAGGCACGAGCUCAAGUGUUGUGGAGACGGCGUAACUAGAGUCAACCUCACUCCCCCAUUCGUUCUCGCUUGCACCAGUACAUUGUCGAGCCAGUCAGCCAUUCGAUGGUGGGAUCGGGCGAAAAUGGUUGAGGCAAUAUGAGCCUGCAUAUUGGCUUGCCACAACAACCCGUAAACGUGAAAUUCGUCGUGGGCUGCGCUGUGUAUGCGUUGUCGAAGUAACGCCCAUCACAUCCAUCUCGUGGUCUGUCGCAGGGGCCACGAAUGUAACAGACGUGCACAGGAUUGAGUAUCAUAUGCCAGGCGUAGGUAUGUGCAGGGCGUAAUCAGAUCGAGAGGCUGAUAUCCUGACUUUUCGUCGAAAUCUGUCCAAACAACGAAUAAAUUGUAUGUUAAAAUGCUAGUAACGGAAUUCCCAAAGUUGUUGAUUUUGGUGAAAAAAAACAAGGGAACAAACAAAGGAACCAUCGAGUACUCGAACGAUUUGGUAUGCUUCAUCUUCCUCCCAAUGAAUGCUUUGAUUUUCAUAUUCGCAUGACAUGCACCCACCGUCGCUGCCAUUUCACGACUUCUGCUGUUGCAUUUCCUUCUAUGGAGAUAUGGAUCUGAAUCCUACAUUCGAUAAAAAUUCAUCCCGUACUCAGUGUCCAUUGGAAGACAGUGACAGUUGGAUCGCAGAUUCCGACGAUGUCCACAACAGCAGGGACGCAGACAAUUCGAUCAAGCAAAUUUUUAUGUUCACUAGACCGUCUGUCGACUCUGCAUCAUGCAGAUCGACAUAGACACAACAACUAUGCGAUCUCCGUCGAUGCCGUGGGAGAUACAUGCGAUCCUUGCCCUUAGUGAUGUAAGCCAUCACAUCUGAAAUAAGGCCUCGACUGCCACUGCGUAGCCACUCACAGCCUCACAAUAGCCGACUGCAUCAGGUCAGUAGACUUGCUGGUGCAGAAAUCAAAUAUAUUUAUGUGAAUAGCCGGCUUCGGCAGUCUAUUAGAAAAUUUUGCCUAUCCUCUUCUCUGCAGUCUGUUUGUUCGCAUAUUUGGCGCUGGAAAUAAACGUAAGUCCUGAAGUAAAUAAAUAAACACUUUAGAUUUUACAAUUAUGUUCUGUCAAAUGUGUGAUAUUUUACUUAUGCAGUUAGCAGAUGUGUAAAUAAACCAAGCAAAUCUAUUUGUGUAAAUCUUAUUAGCCAUCCACUGCGCCGCCAAAUCAACCUAUUGGACAGAGUUAGUUCGCAGAGCUAGUCUUAACUAUUUGUUUAUUUCCAUGAGGAUACAAAAGGAUAAAUGAUGCCGUUCGCCAAUGAACAUGAUUUCCAAAACAGGAGAUUCCAUUAGUUACGAAAGUUUGACGAUUGUAGAACAUAUUAAGCUGAGACACAUAUGCAUAUGCACGAACUUCGCCCUAUGCGAGCUCUCUCAUCUCGGGAUGUUCUAACUGUGUUCCACCUCUAAAGUAGCAGGUUCGCGUCUCUUCCAGUUGACAGACAAUCUAACGGCGGUUGUGCAAUCAUAAAUGUCUUCAUUCUCAACAUUUGACAUCAGAAUCAAAACAGCCGAUGGACCUCGUUGCCAAAGUCACAUUGUAGGCCUUCAGUUUAGUAACAACAGUAGCUGCAAACUGGUCAGAACAAGAGUCCGAUCGACGUCUUCCAGACGUCUUCCCGACAUCUUUGUAAUUUGAAUAUUGACUUCGCCGACGAAAGCUUCAUCUGCCAGGUACGUGUAUUCGUUUCUUCAAAUAUAUGAGCUGCUUUUCAGAUUGCAGGAUUUUGUAAAGAUAGCAGGCACACUUUUACCUACCACAACAUCCCAAUGCAAAUCCCCGUGCUCGUACACUAUUUCCAUCUCAGACCCUGUCUGCAUAUUUACACGGGACUUGAAUUUUCUGAACACACAGUCCAUUACAAUGAAUUCUACUACAGCCUCUGGUUGCCAGAGGAGUUAGAAAUAAACCUGUUGUCCAGUUUUCCUACCCAGUGUGUUAUGUAAAAUGAACCAAGCAGAAAUACCUAUUAACUGUGUGCUGCCCUUUAAACAAGUGAAGACAUCCAUUAUGUGUUUUGUUAAAAUACGCUUCUUGUGUCUUUAUGCUUGAGUUGUCAAUUAUGCGGUAUCCAAAUUAAACAUGAACGAUAGAGAAAGAAACACGUGGUCGAAUUGUUAAGGCUAACAGCACUUCCGUCGCUCUUCGAACUGUAUAUUGAUGAUUAAUUGAAUUGUAGGGGGCGCUCACCGAUCGUUCAUACGGAACUAACUCUUUCCGUUGUGCCUUAAGGGCUCUCUCUCGAUCCCAACCAGCAAACGCACAGUGGCGCAUGAUAUAUAGGCAGAAUGGUAUUACCGACAAAAAACAAGGGAGACUGGAAUGGCCAUUUCUGACUUAUUAGCCGUCGUCAGCCAGCCAUACUCAAGCCUGAAGAUGGAACACCCCAGCAUCGAACUAAUUGCUGUUUAGACUCGAGAGAGAGCCCGUAAGGCACAACGGAACGAGUGAGUUCCGUAUGAACGUUCGGUGAGCGUCCCCUACCAUUGCAUUUUCCCGAUCGAAAACCGACAGGGCAACGGGCUCGGGGCUCAAUGCUUAGAGGCGUGGACUUAUAACAAACAGGUCGCGAAUUCGAGCCUCGGGUGUGCCACAUUUUGGGGUUGGGUAUGACUGGCUGACGACGGAUAAUAAGUCAGAAAUGGCCAUUCCAGUCUCCUUUGUCUUUGUCGGUAAUACGAUUCUGGUUAAUUGAGCUGUCCGCUAUUUCUCUAGGGUGUAAGUUUGCUUGCGAUGGAUAAGUGCUUACCUCUGCAGGCACAUGUUAGCCCGUCUGAGUAAGACGGAUUUUGCAUUCACUGGUGGUGCUGUUUGGUGGUGGUAGGAGCGAAGACGGCAAUGUUUUUAGGUCGACUUACAGUCCAUUCAGCAGCUGGGGGAAGUGAGUAGGAGGUUGUACGGCUGAAAUUGGAAGCCAGAGCACCUCUGCUUUCGACCGUCGUGUGCUCAACUGUAGAGUGGGUGCAGGGACGGUGACAUUUGCGUGAUCUCAUCUACAGUGGUAAUAGACUUUCGCAGUAUCUUUCACACUCCGUCCCCUGCCUUUGAGCGAUACAAUGGGUCAGAGAGGAGCGCACCCCUUGUGCAAGACCAUACAACUUUACCAAGGCCGUUUCUCGGACUCUCGCCAUGCGUCCGUCGGUCGGUCGAUUUUUUUGCACUCGCGUUCUCCAGUGCCAACAGUGUCGCAUUAAUUUCAGUUGACAGUGUUUUUGACGGGGUCGUUUUUACGUGUGACAUAAAAAUAACGAUCCGCCAGUAGGCUUUUGCUUUUCUAAAGGUUGUUUUUUCUGUCCAGUACGACGGCAGAAGGCCCCUUGUCCGCGGGAACGAUGACGAUGUCCUUUUCGUCCUCGAGGUCCCUUAGUGCAUCGCGUUCGCCUUUUGUGAGUGUUUCGCGAGACUUGUUGAUUAGGCAUUGAAACAGUUGCAGGUCUGCCGAGACCCGCUCUUUGGAGGCACUAGCUGUGGAUUCGGGAAGUUCCUGAAUGAUCAGACAUUGCCCUCUGACCGGCGACACUCUCGAGAUCACAGUGGUUUCGUGCCCCGACAAAGGCAAUAUGUGGUUGCCAUGAUCUGACGAUGAUAAAUGCCGCAGUCGAUUAAAAUCCUCAUCUGUCUCUGUCUUGUUUGCAUUUUCAUCAAUGGGGAAGUUUUUGCGAUAGGUUGAGGGUUUUAGGACCCAUGCAAUUUCGCGUGAUGGGCGACACGGUCGCCAACGUCCCUGGUUUCGGUUCUUCGGGCACAUUCCUCGGAAUCUUCUGUCCAUGUCCUUCGACCUUCUGACUGCACGAUUUCUUUUUUUCCUCCGAAACUUGAGUUACAUAGAAGGCUUAUUUCGACUUCCAUUCAACCUAACAUCCAUUCCUGAUGAAGGAAAAUGCAGCAAUAAUUUAGCAAAUAUAGUAGCAAUGCCAAUCUUUAAUUCACAGGCGUUAGCUUAAAAGAGAGUGAGUGCUUGGUUUUAUGCAAGUUCUUGUGGGAACAUUUAAGUCGUGCGCUCCAUAUUUCACCAAUUUCAGGGAAACUCAAGAUGGCAGUUGAAAAGAAGAUAUAACUUUCUAAAUUCCCCUCAAAACGUCCCAUCGUUUUGGGAGUACGCUUACCGUUACAUUGUCGGCAGAUGCAAGAUAGCUCGGUAUGCGUUUGAACUAGUGUGAGCGAAAAUUUCAAUACCUUUCCAAUCAGUCAACUACAGCAGCUGGCAUUAAGUCCCGAUUCACUGUAGAGAUGUUGCACAUUAUAUGUCUAUUUUUAUUAAAUACAAAACACACAGUCACUUACUCGCGCGGUGCCAUGAGCUCGCUUGAGUUGACUCGGCCGGAGCGUGAACCUUGACGACUUUCUGGACGCGUGUGCAAGCGUCCGUGUUUUCAGACUCCUGAAGGCAAUAGCCUUUUGUGUAGGCAAGUCUCUUGGGUCGAAACGUCUGACCUGACAGCAGUAGCAGUAGCAAACGCCAGUCAUUUUGACGCAGUCGUACCAGUGUGAUUUCACACAUACAGACGCUGAUGUCAUCUGGGAGAUGCAUACGCUAAUUAGCCAACAUUACCUUCAAAUAUUUUUCUAUGAGUUGCCUGGGCCGACGUCUCAGAUAGACUUGUUUUGGACCUGAUAAGUUACCCCAUUCAGUGGUCUCUCAAGGCAAACCUACUACUAAAUGUACUGCCAUCAAGGAUUAACGUUUAUGCUACACUAAUAAACUUGAUCUUUCGCCACACACAGACAGAAUUACAGCCAAAGCUGUUCAGAUAUGGGGCUUUAUUUCUUACAAUUUCUAUCUUCGUGAAAUUAAAUUAAGACUAUCGUAUGUUUUUACUUCCGAUUCUCGAGUAUUGUUGUCCAUUCUUUGGCUUGAUGAACAACGCUAUGCGUUCCACAAUAUAAAAUGCCCAAAGAUGCUUUACUAGAAAUGCUCUUGGCAUGGAACAUCCAAAUAUCUCCUACUCAGAUAUAUGCCAGCUAAUAAGCAUAAAAUGUUUAUGGGUUCGAAGACUAAAAGCAAGCUUCUGUCUCCAAUUUCGCAUUAAUGAUAGUUCAAAUCUACCUCGGAUUUUAGCACUUACCCCUAGUAGUCGUCUAUACAACCUUCGCAACUCUUCCCUGAUUAUACUUCCGCCAGCUUCCUCCACCUCUAAGCACUCUCUUUUUUUCAUCUUCAGGCAUAAUUUCGUCUUGAAUAAACUUCCAAUAAAUAUAAUAUCUUCAGAUAAUCUACACAUUUUUAAGAGAAAGCUACGCAUUUAUGUGGGUACUGACUCCGUUGAACCUCUAUUCGCAUCAUCCUUCCCGGACAACUUUCUCUACGACACUGAGAAAGGCCAACCGGGAAUUUAGGACGCCGCCACUAAAUUUCCGUAUUCGCUCGCACUUCUUUUUUGUGAAUCCAAUCGCCUCCUAGGAUCCUCAAUCGGAUAUGUUAAUUUUUCGAUUUUUCAGUUCAGACAUCGUGCCCUCAUAGAAUGCGAUCUAUCGGCGCUCUUGGCAGAGCCUUCUGUAUAUGCCAUACACCAGUUGUCUGGUCUAACCUCCCUUGCACCCUCCUCGGCUGGACUUGGUUGAAUGUAAACGACCGCAGCUGGAUCCCUUUCGCCUCGAGACUGGUUUUCUAUUCGCCACUUUGACAUGAAUGGCCUCAUCCGGCAUAUGAAUUCUGCCUUGAUAAUGCCCGUUUCGAACCUCUUACUCAAGACCACAUACAGGCCAGUCCUGCCUGACCCGCUAACUUACACCUUCGUGAAAUCUGUUAUACAAUGCCCUUUACAGUCCGGUCCUGCCUGAUUUAUAUAUAUUAGGGAGCGACCAUAUUUUCUCUAACAGUGCUAAUCCGUUCAUGCUCAUAUUGUUUAUGUUAGGAGUUUUUAUUCACUGCUGGCUCAGCAUUCUUCGUAACAUACUACAUAUUCAACAACUAUGAAUUAAGUAUUGUAUAGAUUCCGUAUACCUGUUCUAAAAUUACUUUUAAAGUUAUUCUUACUUGCUAUGAACGGAAUCACACGGUACUGAAUAACAAUCAUCAUUAUUAUUGAAUCCUAAAGCCGAAAUUCCUUGUUUCUCUAAUAGGUCUGUGGUGAGGUAUCGGACUAAUUUACCUUUGAAAAUUUAGCCCCGUUUUCUUUGCCCGGAUUUUUUGUUUGAAUGUGACGAAAAACAACACACCUAUACAACCGCCUUGUAGGCCUUCUUUGCUGUCGCGCUCUGUUCUCCGUUUUCUUAACGUUUAGAAUCUCUACAUUAUUCACUGCUCAGUUUUACUUGCUGCCUUUAGGGCUCUGGGCUCGUGAGAUAUAACUGGAGAGUUCGUGAGAACAUUACCAUUUACCUCAUUGGUGACUCCCAAAGUUAAGGCACACUUUUUACCUUUCCAUUUCAUACUGAAUAACAUUAAGCGUACUGUUUUUGUGAAUUUCUAUUUCUUUUACGUCCAGUUUUCUCACCAAUUCUCAUAUUUUACCAUCUCCGUCUUAAUUAUUAUUUUUCAUUGCAACCAACAGCUUGAUGCCCGUGUCCAGUCCCUUGAUGCCAUCCAUUUUACCUUGCCUGGAUUCUGACAACGCGCUCCAGAACUUUAUUUCAUCCGCGUCGAAUCAGCUUUUUAUUCUGCUAGCGUUACCAAGGUCCUGGUCAAAAAUAACAAACUUGCGGAAGUCCUCACCGCUAGUGUCAUCUCUCAAAUUCAGUCCUUGCUAUCUAAUCCUCCUGAAAAUGCUCCCUAUUCCACGUUAAAGGCAGAAAUUCUUCGACUUACUUCUGUGUUCGACCGACAGCGGUAUCACCAGUUUCUUAAAGAGGAGUCACUGGGUGACCGGAAGCCCUCAGAUCUUUUAGUUCGAAGGCGUUCUCUCCUUGGAGACAUGCAGGCUGAUGAUAAAUUCGUCAAGGAGGUGUUUCUAGAGCAUCUGUCUGCAGAUAGUGAAACGAUCUUGGUGUUCGGUUCUCAAGAUCUCACAGUCUCACCGCUGACUGAAAUGACGGAUAAAACGAUAGACUUGCAGCAGCGGUUAGAUCACAGUUGGUAGACAGGAAUGGGAAGCGGACGGCGACCUAACCCUAAUCCUAACCCCAACAUUAAACGUUAACCGUUAACCCUAACGGCAGCCCCAACCCUAACCCUAUUUGAAAUUGUAAAUGCAAAUGUAGCUUUUAGGCAUAGGCGUAACUGGAAAACCUAACCGCAAUACUGAAACCAAAUCGUACGCUCAAACCCUAUCCGUAACCCGAAAACCUAAGCCUAAAUGCAUAACCCUAACCCGAAAAUCGGAAACUAUUAACCGGUACCCUAAUCCAAACCUCGACCGUAAAACGGAAGCCAAAUGGGUCACAUGUCAUUAUAAGGCUCCACAAAAUAGCUCCAGUAAACAAACUCUUCAGUCCGCUUCUUCAGAUUCCCGUCGCCCCUGGACACAUUCUCAAAACCGCCAUUACCACACCCUUCGGUCUCUUCUAAUUCAUCCUCCUGCCGUUCAGUCUUCGUUAUGUCGCCUUAAGGUUCCAGAGUUUCAUCGGCCAUGUCUUACCUGGCAUACCCUUUGUGCACGCCUACAUUUAUGACCUCUUGGUGGCCAACCGGAAUGAGCUAGAUCAUCUUGCCUUGGUUUUUCACCGCCUUGACAAGUUUGACGUUGUCAUCAAGCCCUCCAAAUGCGCGUUGGGUGCGCCCUCACCCGAAGCCCUUGAUCAUCAGGUCAACAAUGAAGGUCUGCGUCAAUUUCCACCGAAGGUUGAAACAGUUCAUAAUUGCCCUCCACCAACUUUCAAGUGUCAGUUACGGCGAUUCGUCGGCAUGGCCAAUUUUUGCCGCCGGUUCCUACCAAACUGUGCUGACCUCAUGUUGCCGCUCACCAACAUGUUUUUUGGUCGGAUAUGGUUAUGUAAACGAACAUGAAGUAAACAUACCCAGCCAUCUGCAAUACGGAAGCGGUGGUAUUGGAGGCUUUUACAUGGAGGGGGGGGGAAGGAGGAAACCCUCAGGCGACGAGGUCAAGUAGUUUUAUGGUUGAGAAAUAUUUGUCCUAACCCCUAACCCUAACCUUAACCACCAGCCAUAACCCUUACCCUAACCCUACUCCCAACACUAACCCUGUUCCUGACCCUUUAUUUCUAAGUUUAACCCUUAAACGCAAUCCCAAACCCAAGUCCUGAAACAUCUAACACGAAAGUUAGAAGGAGACGACAGGCCGAAAGUCAAGGAGGUUGACCGGCAUUGGUAGACAUCGAAGCAAAGGAACGUGGCCGCCAUCAGAACACACACACCGCAACACACAGCGGCUACAUACCCAUAACUUACGAAGUGUUUCAUAACUUAUACUUCGUCCCUGGGUCGGUUGAACACCGUUUCCAAAGCAUGCAAGUCUUCCCUGAGACAGGGGUGGCCAUCUUCGAAGUCAGUCAAAUAACCCCUGUCAAGGAAAAGAGAGAGGCUGUUGCAAGAUUCAAGUUUAACCGACCGAUGAUGCGAGCAACCAAUCACCGCCAACGUGGCCACAUUGUGAAGGGGCACUCCGGGCAGGGCCCACGCGUGAAACUCCCAUUACCAUCAUUGUCAUAUGGCACGAUCAAUAUUCUACCAACAGCUAUGUGGAAUCCCUCACCCUACCGUUUCCAACAAUACCACUUAUGCCCCUACCAUCAUCACCAACAAUAAUGUACACUCAAUUCAAACCCAUUCCAAUUAUGACACCACUUUCCUACAAUUCAUAGGUUUCGUCAAUGACUUGUAACGGGCAGAUCACGGAUUUCUUUUUCUUGCAUGCACAUUCAGUGCACAUACUGCACAAACGAUAGGACAAUCAUCCAGACACAAGAAAUGUAUUUCAAAAAAUCACAGAAUGGAUGUAUUCACCCAUUUAAAGGUAACAACAGUGUCAAUAUGUCUUUCCCAGUGGAUCAUUUUUAAUAACACAUUGGACAGGAAAGCCGGACAUAAGCGCAUUCCCGAAAACAGACAAGAGAUUUAUUUUGACUUCCUCUGGCAACCAGAGGUUGUAGUAGAACUCGUUGUAGUACAUUAUGUGUUGAGGAAAUGCAAGUCCGGAGUGGACUCGCAGACGCGGCCUGCGCUGGAAAUGACGAAUGAACAAGGUGAUUUGCACUGGGAUGUUGUGGAAGAUAAAAAUGCGUCUGCUUACUUCACUGAAUCCUGUAAUCUGAAAAGAACUCAUGUAUUUGACGAAACGGAUGCAUGUACCUGACAGUUGAAGCUUAUAUUUGCGAAGUCAACAUGCAUGUCGCAUUGGUGUUGGGAAGAAGACCUUCGCAAUACUCUUCUAACUAGGUUGCAGCUACUUUCGUUGCCGAAUUGAAGGCCUUCAAUACGGCUUUGGCAAAGAGGUCCACCGGCCGUUUCUAUCCUGACGUUAUUUGUUGAAGUUGAAGACAUGUAAGAUUGCACGAUCGUUGUUAGAUCGUCUGUCAUUUGGAUGGGACACCAAGCUGCAAGUUGACAAGAGGCACACAAUAAGACCAGCUAAUGAAGCGCGGCCGCCUACGGGACCAGUUCUCAGCUUAAUCUGCGUCCCACCCGUAAAAAGUCCGGAGUAGUUGAGCUAACUAGCGAAACCUUGUGUUUUGCAAGCUAUGCCUCUUUGCAUCCUGGUGUAAAUAAAUGCAUAGAUAAGUCUUAAUCUGUGAGCUAACUGUUUGGUGGGUUGAUUUGACUGAACUGUAGGUGGAUAAUAAGCACAAGGCAAUUCAAAUAGUUUAAUCGUACAUCCGCUAUUUGCGUAGUGGAAUAUACUGUAAAGAUGACAUAACAUGAUAGUGAAUUCUGAGGUUUUCAAUUGCACCAAUGCUUACGUAUAUAUUGAAUGGAACCAGAUGCCAAGCAUAGGUACAAUCCUAGUGCAAAGAAGGUAAGCAACAUUUUCAAGUAGAUUUCUGUGGACGGAUAUUUAUAUACAUAUAUGUGAUUAUAACACCCUCCAAGUCCAGUGAACCGAUGCCAUCGGCUAUCACGAGGUUCUGAAUGGAUAGGCAAAGACGGCCUAGGCCUAGUUUCGGAUGUGUGGUGAGCUGAUGACAGUUAGGGCAGGUCGUUUUGAAACGACAGCUCAGACAACUCUAACAGAAGCAGUUGAUGUUAAUCAUAGCUGGACAGCAUGUUAUCGUCCCAACUAGCCUCACUGCUUGUGAGCACGAAAUCACGCUGGCAAGAAUGCGACAAGUUGACUGACACUCGCCGGUGUUGUUGUUGCUGCCAUAAGGUCGGGCGUGUUGACCCACCAGACGUGUUCACCUCAUAAUCAAACCCACCGACAGCUAGGCCUACACAAACGGUCAUUGCUUUCGGCGUCUGCAAACGGGGUCGCAGGCAUACGCGUCCAGAAUGUCGUCAGGGUCCACGCUCCUACUGAGAAAACCCAUACUCGCUCACAGCGCCGCGCGAGGGAGCGACUCUGUGUAUCAUCUUAAAUAAAUACAGACCGUUUAUGAGCCACUGUGAUUUUUGAGGAAGAUGAACAGGUCGACUUGGUGACCAGUCGUAUUAAUGAGAAAACACAUGUAUAAGGCUGGUGGACACAGCGUCUCAUAGUAAACGUUCAACGUCUAGUAAUCAGCAGUUCCAACCCCUAUAUAAUCCAGACCAGUUCUGUCCCCGUAUUCUUGGGUUAUUUGCGCUAUUUCAGCAGUUGUGACAAAAGUUGCGUCUCAUAAGUUGGACUGUUGGCCACAUCCUCUGGCAAACCAUUUGGGUCUCAUAGCGGGCUAGAUCGGAGAUGUGCUAGACCAAAUCAGGAGUCCGCUUGACUCGAAACGUGAGUCAGUACGGCUGCGCAGGGUCCGUGUGAGCUCAUUACUACUGCUACCGCACGCGAGGGCAAGUGGGGACGGCCCGCAUUCGUUCUGCGUCAGUCAUUGUGCUCGAUCCGAACAGCAUCUGAUUGAUGUGCCCGGGAAGUCAUCUGGUGCAUGGGGGGGGGGGAGAGCGUGCGAAGCCAACGCUGAUGAGUCCGUAAACAGGGAAAACCGGCACGCUCCUCACUAAUAACUAAACUGGCGCAUUGGAGUCCAUCACAAUGCGCUGUCAGUCGUGGUUUGGAAGGCGGCCAAGUGAUGGGAUAAUUCAGUCACCGCAAGGAGACUGGGAGUCGGACUCAAGGCUUCCUUUCUAAUGUGACUUUAAUAGUCACCGUCAUUGGAGAUCCCAGCCGCUCUUACGAACAUCUGGCACAUGUUGUGCGGGCGGGACUGCGUGUGGCACGCGCAGACAGGUUGUUCAGCUUUGCUGGCCACCGUGGCCGCGACCACUUCUGGUCGGUGCAACGUCACACAUGAGGACAUGCAGUAGGUGGAAGCAUGUCCUUUUUCCUGCGAAGCAAAAUGGUCAGUCUGUGUUAGGCACGUAGGCAGCAGAUGUGCCAGGAUGUAGAUGGAAUGUUUACCGAAAUUCUGAAAUGCGUUUUAGCAUAAAAAAUAUUGCUUAAGCAGAGAUGCUUUGUUAAUCACCGUGCUGCAUAAUUCUAUGGUAAUUCAGUUACGGCGAGAUGCUGGCUUUCGAACGAAAUUCUUAUCAUCUUCUUGCAGAAACCUGUAUCCGGUAAAAAAUGAUUACCUAUGAAGCGUGAAUUUUUCUCAUCGAUUUUUGAUGACCUUAUAAAUUCAAACAUAUUUCUUAGAAAACGUACGUAUAAAUUUUCACCGCUUUAGUCAUUUCGUAGAAAAUUGUGCCUUAUUCAAAUUUUAUACUUGAGGAAAAUGCAUUAGUCUGCAUAAAAGUAGUUUUCCGGUCAUGAUAAUCUUAAAGAGCGUGAAACAUCCCGUCUCUGCAUUUAUUUAUGCUGCUUGUAACGAAUGUACUAUGUUCAACACCCAAUGUUAAAUUUUAUGAAUUCCAUAUAGUCUCUCGGUAAUGCACUAGAGAGAUAUGUGGCUUUCCAUUCACGGCAAAUGUACAACUUGUAAUUUGGAAACCCUGAAUGCAAAUGUAACGGCUGGUCGGGUUCAAAAUUAUUCAGAAAUUGGAAAACGGUCAGAUAUAGUUAUAUAGUCGCACCUGAGGUAAACCAGCCCUGGUGGCCUGCAAUGCGCGAUCGGUUAUAAUAGGAUUUUUUACAGGCUUUCGAACGAAAUUCUUAUCAGCUUCUUGCAAAAUUGUAUCCAGUAAUAAAUGACUACCUUGCAAGCGUGAUUUUUUUCGUUGAUUUUUGGUACUCUUAAAAAUUCAAAUAUAUCUCUUUGAAAAGAUGCGUAUAAGUGUUCACACUUUUGUCAUUUCGUAGAAAUUUGUGUCGUCUUCAAAUUUUACACUUCAGGGAAAAAUAUUAAUCUGUUUUAAAAGAAGUUUUUUAACUAUGAAUUUUUUAAGAUCGUGAGACGCCGCCCACAAAAUAUCCCAUCUCUGAAUUUACUAGUUUUGCUUGUAAAGAAUGCACUAUGGUCCGCACCCAAUACUAGAUUUUAUAAAUCCCAUAUACUGUUCGUUAAUGCGACUGUCCAUUCACGGAAAAUGUACAACUUUUAAUUUGGAAACCCUGGAUGUAAAUGCAACAACUGGUCGGGUUCAAAAUUAUUCGGGAAUUGGAAAACGGUCAGAUAUAGUUAUAUCGUCGCACCUGAGGUAAACCAGCCCUGGUCGCCUGCAACACGCGAUCGGUGGUAAUAGGGUUUUUUACAGUUGAGGCCAGGGGACGCACAGGCGACGAGGUCAAUUAAUUGAUACUGGGAAUGCGCGCUUAUACUUUGAGUAGUUGAGAAAUAGUUGCCCUAACCACUAGCCCUAACCCAUGUUGCCGACAUGUAACAAUUUGCAAUACUUUUAUAGGCAAGUUAAUUUUCAAAAUGUCUUUCUUGGUUGCAGACGGACGUCUCGUAAAACGCCAAAAAUGCUUGAAGUUUGUCCUGAUAUCUGUGCUGUCUAAUCUGCCACAAAUUAGCCUCUGAAUUCUUUUGCUAAUGUUAUUGCAAAUGUCAAAGCGCAUCAUUUCGCCAAUAAGUUUUCGUGCUCAAAUAAAUGUCCGCUCAGUGUACAAGAAAGAUUAUUAAAUCCAUUAUAGGGUCGCUAUUUAACUGUUCUCUCGAAUGGGAAAUUUCAGGCAAAAUUUCAUGUGAAGCUGCCGCAAGAAGGGAGCAAGAAAUAUACUUGAUAUUUCGUCAGUCACUAACGGCUACCUCUACCGUGUUUCACAACUGAUGCAGAAUUGCGCGUUAUUUAGUUUUUGAAUUAGAAGGCCUGCGCGACAGAUGGGGUACUCUAUCCCCCCCCUACCCACCUUGUACGGAUGACAGAUGUGGUAGCGGCCACGGUGGCCGAAAAGGCUGGACAACCCGUCUGCGCGUGCCACAUGCAGUCCCGCCCCCCCAGCAUGUGCCAGUUGUUCGUAAGGGCUGUUGGGAUCUCCAGUGACCGCGACUGCGACAAACGGCUCCAUUAGGAUAGAAGCCUUGAAUCUGGUGCCCAGUUUUUGCGAAUAGCUAGUUCCUUAGUUAGUUACUUCGAGAUUUGGACUUACUGUACGCUCUUAGAACCUUCCGGAAUUAAGACUUAAAUUUAAUUCAUCAAUAUCUUCCUCCCAACUAGUCUCCUGCAGCACAUUCUCAUAACUCUGAUUUCGGCCUUCCUAGUUUUUUAUACUUGCAAACUCAGAAAGUCGUAUUAUCUGAAGAGCAAUGCGUCCAAAUCUUCUACAAAGGCCGAGUUGCUUUUCUACUAUUAGACAUUGUUUCAUCACUGCCUCAAAGCAUUUGUUUAAAUUUCUGCUCUCGGAAGCUUCUCGACCAUACCUUCCCAUUCAGCUCAUUCAGUUACUUUCUGACGAAAGAUCGUCAUAAAAGCCUUCCCUUAAUACUUACGCCUACGCUCUUUGUGUAUUUAGAAACGUUAUCCAGAGUGUUGGAGUCCGCACUAGUGUUCUAAAGUAACGCGCGCUUGGGAUUCGAACGGGGGACCUCGGAAGUUAGAGCCUGCUUCGUUAACCCCUGCACCACCAACGCACGACUGGGCUGCACAGCUAAAAGCUUUGUUAAUUCGUCACCGCAGGAUCUGGUAGGAUAGUCAUGUAAUGGUUGGCAAACGAUAGCCUACAAGAUGCAUCAACUAGAGGAAGAAGUAAGAAUUCUGAAGGAACUUAUACGCAAGACUGUUUCUUCAGAGGACCGCCCGGUUUUGUCUACACAGAAGCUAAGUCGGAGUAGAGCGAGAGCCAUCCUGUGUAAGGAAUCCCCAGAAGGCAAUCAUGUGGUGAAUAAGAAAACCGCUAUUAGUAGUCGUGGCUUUCGAUGAAAAAAAGGAAUAAGAAGAAGAAGACGACACCUAACACCAUGGGGAAAAGUCACCAGAAUACGAAUAAGAGUAUAUCAGCCUUGCCCGAAAAGCAGUUGAAAAAUGAAACGAAUGUAAAUGUGCCAACGGAUGAAGUGGAAGUUAUGGGGCAGAUGACGCCAAAUCUUAUUAAUUCCCAGACAGUGUGCUCAUUUCCGGAGCCUAACUUAGAGGGAUUAUCAAUUAGCGCAAAGACAUAUGGCUUUGGACCAAGGUUAGAAUUAGCUGUCACCGCGAAUUCCCAUGUCAACAGAGUUGAGAACCGAGCUGAGGAAGCCUCUAAUUCAUGGGGGUCAAGCUCUCCACAGAGCCGUCUGAUGUGAGGCAUUGUUGAUCGACCACAGUGCGUAACUAUUCACAAUGCCUCAACAGGAUCCGCGGACGAAAUUCACGAGGACGUAAAUACGAAUAUGACAGUCCCCUCCUUUUCUCGAGUCCCAUUCGAGGAGGCCGUACGGCCAGCCAACGACGUCCAAAUCGCAGAGGGGUGGAGGCAUAGUAACAGAAAAAACUGCCCGACUGACUUGUAGUACGGAAGCGUUGUGUCUGACCAUAAGGGCACCGGGCUCUCAAAGCCUCGAUAUCUUGACAGUAUAUCGCCCCCCGAGAAAUGACCCUGACGCUGAUGUCCAACUGCUGAAGGAGCUCAGAUUAUUUUCAACGCGGACGAACACUCUCAUCGUUGGAGAUUUUAAUGCACCUCACAUAAACUGGACCUCGGCCUCAGCCGACUGCUCUGAAGCAGCAUUUGACCAGCAGCUACUGCGUACCACCGACAACCUUCUUCUCACCCACCCCGUAACGUUUCCAACGAGAGUUCGUGAGGGCCAACAAAUGAACUGCCUCGAUCCUGUGUUUACUAAGUCGUCUGACAACAUCGACGUUGUGAAUUGCCUCCUCCCGUUGGGUCAGAGUGACCAUGUAGUUCUCAUGUGGGAAUACACCAAAUUCUCCCUGUCUGCACAACCGCUCGAUUACCGACCUAAUAUUUGGCGCGGCGAUUUCGAACAGAGGAAAAAGGAUCUUAGUCCUAUCGACUGGGCAUCCACUCUCUCCGGCGAUGUCGAAGAGGCUGGCGUCAGUUCAAAGAGUAAGUCCACAACCUCAUCUCCAACCACCGCCCAGACAUGCGCAGAAGACUAACAAAUAGAACACUCUGGUUGAAUCCAUCUUUAGAGAAGGAGGUUAACAAGAAGAGGAAGCUAUAGAAAAGACCUCUGACGGACCGGACGCCAGAAUCUCUAGGCAGUUAUAAGUUACAGAGACAUCGGGUCAAAGUGCUCAUCGCCAGAGAUCGGAAAGCUUUUGAAAAAAUCUUUUGGACCGUGCCAUGAUGAAUCCCAAAAUCCUAUACUACUGCAUAAGACAGAGCACAAGGAACAAAGAUCCCAUCCCACCGCUGCGAACGGCUGAGGGUGUGGAACUCUCCGAUGACAAGGAUAAGGCUGAACGCCUCUCUCAGUUCUUCCGAUCAGUCGUGACAAUUGAAUCUGAUUUUUCUCACCCACUUAUGAAGACGAAGAAACGCCUACUCUCGAAGCCGUCUUCUUCACCGAGACAAUUGUUCGGAAUGAAUUAUUAAACAUAACAGAAUCGACCUCCCAGAUCCAGAUACAAUCUCGGCCAAGCUGCUGAACGAGUUAGCUCCAGAAAUGUCCGAGCCGUUAGCCUCGAUCUUCCAAACGUCAUUUGUUACUGGAUGCCUGCCCUCUGACUGGAAGUCCGCUACCAUCACUCCGCUUUUUAAGGGUGGAAGUCGGGCGUCUGUGAAUAACUACAGGCCAGUGAGUCUUACCUCCAUUUGUCGCAAAAUCAUGGAGAAGAUCAUUAAGAAGGCCUUGAUGACGUUCUUUCAGCAGCACCACCUCCUCUCCGAUGUCCAACACGGCUUUCGAAGUGGUAGAUCCUGCCUCACGAAUCUGCUCUUUACGCUCGAACGCUGGACCAAAGCACGCGAUGAAAGCAAUGUGGUGCACGCAAUCUAUAUUGACUUCAAAAAGGCUUUCAACAGUUUUCCUUAUCAACGUCUAUUGUACAAACUGCGCAACGUUGGAAUUCGUGGACGCCUUCUUGCAUGGAUCCAGAGCUUUUUGGCUGAACGGUUUCAAAGAGUGCAGGUCGGGCGUCAACAGUCCUCAGAUGUAAGCGUGGUGAGCGGCGUCCCAAAGGGCUCAGUCUUAUGUCCCUCGUUAUUCCUUGAUUUCAUAAAUGACAGCCUCAAGGACCUAGACUGUGAUGCCAUCCUGUUUGCUGACGACAUAAAAUUUUGGAAAUUUAUUUACAAUGCGGCAGACGCAGACCACCUGCAAGUAAACUUGAACAGGCUCGAAGACUGGUCGAAGCGUUGACUUAUGCGCUUCAAUAUAAGCAAGUGCAACUUUCCACAACCCGGCAGCUUCAGAGCCUCCAGCCCCAGGACUUACUUUAUACACGGCAAACCAAUGAAACAGGUUGACAGUCAGAAGAACCUGCAUGUAUGGAUUACAGCUUCACUCAAACCAACACUGCACUGCGUGAAGGCGGCUAAAUCGGCUACGGCCACAUUGCAACUCAUUAGGCGAGCAUUUAUGGGAUUUGAUCCUGACUGCUUUUCCAAAAAAAUUUUACACCUUCGUACAACUUCAUCUAGAAUACGCCAUACGGGCGUUGAGAACUUGGACUACCAAGGAUUAUAACGUCUUAGAGAAGGUUCAGAGACGGGCGACCAAAACGACACAAGGUCUGGGAGCACUGCCCUAUGAAACCAGACUGUCAACUCUCAACCUUUUUCCCCUUUCCUACAGGCAAUUACGUGGUGAGUUUAUACUAACAUUUCGCGUCAUCAACGGCCUCAAAUGUUGUUUAGAUCCCACUGAUUAUUUCACUAAGCUAACACGCCCACUUUGCGCAGUCAUCCCUUAAAACUACGCGCAGGGAAAUCAAGACUCAAUGAACGAUAGUUCUUUUUCAGCAACAGAGUGGUUGCGGCGGGGAAUUACCUGCCUACCGAUGUUGUAAUCUCUUCCCGUGUGAAUUUCUUCAAGUGCAGGCUUGACUCGCACCAAGCAUCCCAAUUACCAUCCUCACAUCCACUAACAUAACCUGGCACAACUUGUGCGUGCUUAAACUACUUGUAAUUAGUAAGUAACCGUUAAUGAUCACUCAUUUUUCGACUAGCUGUCAGCUGUCCGCGAGUAUGUAAAGAAUCCGUUUUUCACCUCCCUACAGUAGUCACACCUGAGGUAAACUAGCCCUAGCCGCCUGCAAUACGCGACCGGUGGUAAUAGGGCUUUUUACAGUUGGGGCGGGGGACGCACAGGCAACGAUGUCAGUCAGUCGCGAACGGCAACUUUGACCGUGUUCCCCAAAUGACGCAGUUAGUUUUUGAAUUAGCAGGCCUGCGCGACAGAUAGGGUACUCUUACCCCCCUUACCCACCUUGUACGGUCGCGGUCAUGGUGGCCGGAAAGGCUGGACAACCGGUCUGCGCGUGCCACAAACAGUCCCGCUCCCACACCAUGCGCCAGUUGGUCGUAAGGGCUGUUGGGAUCUCGAGUGACUGGGACCACGACAAGAGGUCACGUAGGGAUGGAAGCCUUGAGUCUGAAGCCCAGUUGUUGCGAAUACUGAAUCAUUCCGUCAUUAAGCAACCUUUCAAACGGACUCCUGUUUAGGUCCAGCACUUCUCUGCUGUAGCCUAUUUUGUAACCCUAAUAGUUUGCUAGUAAAUGAGGGUAACAAUCUAACUUAUGAGAAUUUUUUUUAAAGGAAGUCUUUCAUCAGUGUAACCUACAUGAAUCUGACAACUGUUGAAAUAGCGCAAAUAACCCAACAUGCACGUAGCGGUUUUCUGAGCUGGUAGGAAGCAUUUCAGGUUGUCUACCGGACACCAAAAUGCUUUUCUAAAGGCCUACGCCCACAGAUACUAGCAACGGCGGAGGCAGUAACUAUACGGUUAGCGAAUCCGGUGUUAUGCUGUCAGAAAACCCUGACACAAACGCUCUCUCUGCCGUGGCCAACGCCAACCCCAAGGGAUGAAGCCAUGCCGCCUCAAAUCCCUAAUUACGGUGAUGGGUACUCCGUGUACUCAAUCCAAGAACAUCACUCAAAGACCCUCUUACCCCCACCCCUAGUUCUGAGGACCAACAGCCACCGACCUUGUCAUGCGGGCGGCGUGGGGAUGAUGAGUGUUAAUGACUUAAUAUUCCUCGCGACAUCUAUAAACACUGUUGAUUUUGGUAUAUUUCCACACCUUCAUGUAAUUGUAUUAGCCUGACGAAGAAUUACCAAAAAUGCGUUUGCAACUUGAUUAUUUGAAAAUGUAUCUAAGCCACCACAUGAAGGCAGAGCAUCAGAAGUACGUGAAGUUGUUUAAAAAACUCAUGUACUUCUGAAUCCAACACUUGGACAAAGUUCAUCUAUAAGAAACACGGGACGACAGGUUCAUUAAGGAAGGCUUGCAGUGCAAGGCCUUCGAUGAUGGAUAUAGCUGACUGUCUCCAUGCUGCUCUCAUUUGUGGAGCUGACAAACUGCUCUGCGUGGCGUCAGUCAGGUUUUUGAAUGCAAUCCUCGUCGAACGCAGUGUUCCGUGAGAUUUUUCGGCGGCUUAAGCGAAAUGGAUUUCAUUUGCUGCAUCGACAUUAAGCAAAUAUACAUGACUGGAGUCCGUGAGCUGAUACAUAUCGUCAUACAUAUCGAAAUAUUCUGAUCCUACCUGCACUAUCGUGUGCACAUACUCAACCGCUGGGAUAAGACCAAGAAGGCAAGGAUAGACUGCCUUUUCAGACAUUUUCAAUGUGCGCAAGUACACCGACAUCCCCACUCCAUAUUCCGUGCUGAGGCAUAGGCUGGCCAAGGUAAUUGACCACUCGGGGAGCGCGCAAGCCGGUGAGCCAGAUGGCCGAGCAAUCAUCACGCCAGCAUCCAACACGAGUGAUGAGAUUUCAGCAAUUAACAACUUGCAUGCCGGGCAUCUAGCAAUUAGCGCACAAGCGGGCAACAAUCCUUGACGAAGGGGAGCGCGGUUAAUUACUAUAGGUAUGCGGUAGCAUAGCGACUGCAUCCUAUAAAUACUGCAACUUCCUGUGCACGAGUCAACCCUUUCUGCCACUGUCUCUGGUGAUGGGUCCAAGUGAGUAUCCGAAAUGUCAGGCGGACUAAGUCCUUGUUCCAACGAUCGCUUCUUCUUCUGUUCUACUAUUUUCUGGAACUCGCGUCUUCGCUUGUAUUGACACUUGAUAUUUCGUCAGUCGCGAACGGCAACUUUGAGCGUGUUGCACAACUGACGCAGAAGUGCGCGUCAGUUAGUUUUGAAUUAACAGGCCUGCGGGACAGAUGGGGUACUCUAACCCCCCUUACCCACCUUGACGGAUGACAGAUCUGGUCGCGGCCACGGUGGCUGGAAAGGCUGGACAACCCGUCUGCGCGUGCCACAUGCAGUCUCGCCCCCACACCAUGUGCCAGUUGUUCGUAAGGGCUGUUGGGAUCUCGAGUGACUGUGAAUACGACAAGAGGUCACAUAAGGAUGGAAGCCUUGAGUGUGACGCCCAGUUUUUGCAAAUACUGAAUCAUCCCGUCAUUAAGCAACCUUUCAAACUGACUCCUACUUAGGUCCAGCACUUCCCUGCUGUGGCUUUUUUUGCGACCCUAAUAGUUUGUUAGUAAAUGAGUUAAACAAUCCAACUUUAGAGAACUUUAUUUAAAGGAAGUCUUUUAUCAGUGCAAUCUACAUGGCUCUGACAACUGCUAAAAUUCAUAUUUGCCCAACUGUGAAAAACUCGGCGCCUCUGUGGGAUUCGAACGCACUCAGUAAGGGGAAGGCUUUAGUACAGCCAAUGCUCUAACCACUUGAGCUGCGAGUCCCCGCCGGACGACGCGAGUUUAAUCACAUUUGGGUCAACUUACCCGCCCAACCUACUGCAACGUCUGGAAUCCACCAAAUCUGAUACAGUAAGUUGACUGCCCAAGCAGGAUUUCCUAAGUAAUUCACCUAGAAUCCAACAGAUGACUACCAGGCUCACGUAAUUCAUAGGUAUUUUGGCAGAUUUUGAAAAUUCAAAAAUUCAAAAUCAAAUUCAAAAUCUGCCAAAAUACCAAUAAACUGCUGAAAUAGCGCAAAUAACCCAACAUGCACAUAGAGGUGGUCUGAGCUGGUAGUUUAUCUUUGCCCUCUCCGUAAAGGAUUGGACUAGUACACGGGCGUCGGCUGCUGGAAAUAUCAGUGAUACAGCUUGAGUUAGACGUCUUCUUAAAAGUUCACCUGGCACGUCCGCUUGAAAUGGGACACUGAUGAAGAGCAUACAAUUGCCUUCCCCGAACCCACCUUCUCCUUGGCGCUGACUGGAAGUGUGGCGUUUCACUCUCCCCCUCUUCUCCCCUCCACAAACCCGAACUACAGCAUAAUUAUCGACUUGCCCGUACAUUCUAACUUACUAAUUCAAUAGCAACAUAAAUGUGCAGGCCUGAAGAGAACUUAUUGAAAGCAGACGCAUGCUCUCCAAAUCGCCUUUUAAAUUUUUCAACAGGAUAGACUACCUUUUGAGACCUCGUUACUGUUCGCGUACGCCUUUACUUGCGCUUGUGGGGCAGGUUAUACUGGUAAAACCACUGGACACCAAUCCCAGCGGAUGCGAAUGCACCAACCAGCCUGGGUAGAUCAAAAUGUGAAAAGGUCUAUCUCUAGCUAAAAAUGUGGUUCACCUGUUUGAGAGCGGCCAUCAGGCAGAUGUCCAACAGCAUUCCGGGUCAUCUAUAAAAUGCCGGUGAGGCACUCCGUGUUCCCGCGUCAGCGGAUGUUUGCGACGACAGAGGCAGUGACCGUACGGUUAGUCAACCCAAUCCCCUGCUCGCAUCAAACGUUUGUACAAGCGCUAAGGCUUCCCUGGCCAAAGACAAACCCGGCAGUGUGAUCACACCUCCUGUCUGGUUGUGUUACAAAAAUAAAGCAGGAGCAGUUACUUGUCAGACAUCUUGCCCCUUUCCCUUUCUAUGCCCAUGAAAAAAUUAAAAUGGCACACCUGACCUCUAAUCUCCCAUCAGUCCUAUCCACAAAACUUAAUUUUAUGAGCUGUUUAACCUUGGCCAGUUUACAUUCCUUUAUAAUACUCUAAAGGCCUGUUGAUUAGAAAUCGAAAGCGUAAGUUUGUCGGACUGGACUACUUAAAAAAUGCCUUGAUCGAAAUGCCGUAUAAGUCGAUAACGCAUCUGGAAAAGGCGGGUUAAUCAGCAAGGCGGAACCCCUUUUUUCAACAUUAAUUCGAAUCUCACAACGGACUCCCUGUGCAUGUUUGUUGGCAAUUACAUCCUUAGACAUGUUUUUGAUCCUCUAUCGAUGAUAUUCAAGGCAAAAGUACUCCCUCUCUUUCCAUGAAAGUGAGUUAGACUAAGUAGGUUCAUCAUUUUCCUAAUACAGGCAAUGGGCUCAAGCCUGCCUCUGUCUCGAUCACCAAUUUCCACGGUCUGUUCCAAGGCUCGUGGACAGCCAAUUGCGCUUGGACUAGGUUUUAGUGAUAAUAGACUUACACACUCUCUUUCUUUCCCACCCGGUUCUGAUGUGGAGAUCGAUUUAGGAGGACUGGAGUCGGAAUCUGGUGCAGUUGCUGACUCAGCUAAAUGGUCACUUUUCGUGGACGUACGUCUCCCCAACUUUUAGGCCCUGAUGAUCUUGCCUCCUUCAGUAAUCGCGCUGACGCCCCCCCCCCUACGAUCACGUUUUGGCCAUUUUCUCCAAACAUUUCGCUGAAUACUUUUAAAUGCAUUGUAUUUGUCAGUACUUGCACUCCUCCCUCUAUCUGUGAAGCCUGCUAACCAGCAUUCGUUCAUUUAUGACAUUUGUUAAUAUCGCGCAGCCCAAAUAACGGGGCCCGCGUAUUGGUGCAACGUCAGUGGUUGUGUUAACCUAACUGAAGUAACGUUCUUCGAAAUGAGAAAUAUAUCUUAGAUGUGCGUUCUACAACUGUUCUCCCUUUGAAGCUACUGAUUUGGAUGGUUCAGGCACAUUUGUGUUAAAAAUCAAUGGAAGAAUAAAGUAAGAUUCCAGCUGAAUCAUUCCCAAGCGAUCGCACUUUUCGCAUCCUAGUGCCAACACAUUUAAAAUGUCCUUCUUACGAAUAGUAAUCUACUUUCAUAUGUGAUGAUUACGAGACUGCGAAUCACGGGAUGAAACAUGUCCGUUGGUUGUUCUCUGAGAAUCCAAAGGUAACUUUUCCGAGUUCGCACCCACGUGACAAUUGGAGUGAAUGAACCCAUGCUGGAAGUUAUUAAACUCCAUCAAACAAAUUUUCAUACGCACGAGACUGUCUUUUGCCUCUGUUUCAUGCGGUUACUGACUGAACGACAGGACGCCUAUGCGAUUCCCACUAACAUACAACGAAAUACGUUCGAUCAUUACCCUAAGAGACGUAAGUUCAACACACUCAAAUUUAGUCCUAGGCCGUCACCCUGUAGUCACUCACAACCUCGCAUAACAGACUGCAUCCGGUCAGUUGACUUGUUGGGUCCUUAAACACAUAUAUGAAUAAUUGGCCAUAAGGACCCGCUUGAAAAUGUCGCCUACCCUCCUCUAUGCAGUGUGUUCGUACGCAUUCCUGGAAUUCGGUUGCAUUAUAUAUAAAAGUAAAUUCCGGAGUAAUUAAAAACCCCAGAUUUCAUUGGCACAUUGCGUACGCUAGGUGAUAUUUUUCGUCCCCCAAUUAGCAGGUACACGAAUAAACCAUGUAACCUGGCUCAUGACUGCUAGCCGCCGACCGGACCAUCGGAUCAACCAAUUAAACCGUCAGUUCGCAGUGUCAGGCUUGUCUGCUUUAUGAACAUCCAUGAGAAUGGCAGACUGACAACUGAUGCUGUUCGCCAAUGGAAAAUUACUCAAAACCCCAUGUUCAGUUACUAUCAUGCUUUAUCAACUAUGCCAUAUAUAUCAUUAUGCCAUUACCACCUGGUCGACUAGACCAUGUAAACUGACUUGUGCUUGCUAGCCACCCACUAAACCACUCGUAGUUUGCUCUCAGAGUUGGGAUCAUCUACUUACUCAUUUCGAUGAGGAUGAAAAUAGACAAUUGAACCUGUUCACCAAUGGAAAUACUUUCCAAAACGAGAGGUUCCGCUAGCUAGCUAGCUCAAUUGCAGUAAAUGUUUUCCGGGCGUUGGAUGGAUUAGGCUGGAAACUGACCUAACAGGAGUCCACGCAUGGUUUGCUGGUCUAAUUGUGUGUCACCUCUAAACUGGCAGAUAAGUGCACCUUCCAAGAGACAGACGGACUAACAACGAUCGUGCAACCACACAUGUAUUCCACUUUAACAAGAAACGUCAGGAUUGAAACGGAGGAUGCAACUCGUUGCCAAAGCCGCAUUUAAGGCCUUCAGUUUGGCGACGGAAGCAGCUGCAACCCGGUUAGAACAGAAGUGUGAAAGUCCUCUCUACCAACACCUCUGUCAAAUUCAUAUUAACUUCGCGAACGCAAGUAUCAUCUGCCAGAUGCGUGUAUCCGUUUCUUCAAUUCAAUGAGCUCUUCUUCGGAUUGAAAGAUUCAGUGAAGUAAGCAGGCACACUAUUAUCUACAAUGACAUCCCAGUGCAAAUCACCGUACUCAUUCGUCGUUUCCAGCGCAGGUCCUAUCUGUCAGUUUACUCCGUACAUGCGUUUCCUCAGCACACGAUGUACUACGAUGAACUCAUCUAAAGUGUUUGCUUGCCAGAGAAGGUGCAAAUAAAUUUGCUGUCCGUUUUGAGAUGUGCGCUUAUGUCUGGUUUUCCUGUCCAGUGUGCCUCUACGCGGAAUGGUCCAGCAACUGCGCAUGCAAGAGAAAGCAACCCGUGGCGCGACUGUUACAAGGAAUAAGUGCUUACCCCUGCAGAUACUUGUUAGCGGCUCUGAAUACGACAGAUUCAUGAGUAAUCGAACAGGGCUAUGGCCUGUGCGAAAUGACAGACGUUAUGAGAAGGGUUUGGAAUUGAUUACACAGCGGUGGUGCUGUUGGUGGUGGUGGUGGUGGUGGUGGUGGUGGUGGUGGUGGUGGUGGUGGUGGUGGUGGUGGUGGUGGUGGUGGUGGUGGUGGUGGUGGUGGUGGUGGUGGUUAUUAG